UCUAUAGGAACUUGGAGGAGAGCUCAUAUGCCUCUGAAUCUCAGUUAAAAUUAGAUGACCUCCUGAAUACAGUAUGGCAGACUAUACAGCAACUCACAGGGUAGCUACUCCUAAAGUUUUGUCCAAGUUUUGCCUGCUUUUGCUGCUUUACAUCGCCCAUCAUUGGCAGCAUAACUCUAACUCUCGCUCUAGACAGAAUUCUUCAUCUUCCUAAGGUGGUGAAUAAGUGACUUCUGUUUAUUAGCUCAUUAUUCUGUGAUAUUUUCAGGAAGUUAAUAUCUAUCAAAAAAGGAACCAAAACUGGGUAACAAUAUGUCAACAACUCCAUCUCUUGAAACAGCAGCAAAACCAGUGGGACAAGAUCCUUCAUCUGAUUCCAAUACUGGACAAGCAAUUUUAUCAGAAACGAAACUAGAGGCUAUUGAUAAGAGUGUUUCAGAAAAAACAACAGUGACUACAACAGAUGAAGAAAAUGGUUCUCCCAAACCACAAGUGUUGCCUCUAAAUGUCCAAAUGGAAUCAAAUGAUUCUUCUGUUCAAACAAAUUCUUCAACAGAAUCAAAAGUGACAUCCACAGACAAUAUGGCAAGCAUUGCAGAGCUUGACUCAAAAAUGCCUGAAGUAAAUAAAACCGAUAGUGUUUCAGAAAAAAAUGUUCAAGUUGAAGAAUGUAAAAAAGAAAAUCAAGAAACACCAGGAAAUAGCACUAAUAUAUCAACCACAGCAGAAACUACAAAUGAUUCUACAACAAGCAAUGAUAAAAAGGAAAUAAUUCAAACAGAUACGAAGAAUAAAACAGAAAAUAUAGAGAAAGCUGAAAACUCUGUCAAACACAAUGAAGAUUCUGCAGUUGUUAAUGAAAAUAGUGGAACACAGGAAGAAACAGAAUCGGAGAAUCUACAACAAAGUGAGGAUACAGAUACCUCUGAAUGUGUAAAUAUUCAAGAGCUAACAGAUCAUGUAAUGAACAUCUUGAAUGAUGAUGGAAUGGUUGAGAAUGUCAUGUCUGAACAGCAGUUAUUAAAGAAAAAUAUUGACCUACAACAGUUUAUAGUUAAGCUAAUCCACCUUCUAAAAGAAAAGACUGAUCUAUGUGCAAAUCUGGACAGACAAAACAGCGCAUUAAUAAGCCAGGCUAAAUCUUUGAAAGAUGUGAUUGCUAUUACUAAAGAUUUACUGGGGAUAAGGAAUAUGGAAAUUGAGCAUCUGCAUGCAGACAUGGCAGCUAUAGAAGAUUCCAUAAAAGAGGAAAGGAAUCGUCACAAUUUAUCAGUGCAACGUCUAAGUGAGGCUAUGUCGUUAAAUGACAAACUGAAGACAGAGUACCUAACUCAAAUGGAUUUAUUUCAAAAACUUCGAGAAAAAUACAAUGAAAAGGUUGUCUAUUUGACAAAAGAGAACCAAAGGCUCAAUGGGUUGCUGAAUCCUAAUGUUCAAGCAGCUGAAGCUGUCACAAACGAAAUGAAUGCUCAAGCAGCCGAAGCCAUCACAAACGAAAUGAAUGAUCAAUCAAACCAAAUUGAAAGUGUAGACAAGUAGCUGAUACAUUUUUUUUAUUAAAUAUAUUUGUAUUAAUUAUAACAAGUUUAUGUUUUAUAUAAAAAAAUAUAUUUGUGUAUGGUUAAAAAGAAAGUCACAAUUUUAAUGAACAAAUGAUCAACUCUUUAAGACUUCAUGAAUUCAUCUAAAGAAUCCCUUAAUUUUGAACAAAAAAUCCCUUUGAUACCACAAGGAUGAAUUCAAUGAAACCAUAAUCCUAAUUUCAUUAAUGUUAUUAAACAUUACUAAUCUAUUUAAUUUAAGAAAUAUAACUUACUAAACACAUCAUGGGUUUUUUUGUUUUGAGCUUUAUUUUUAAAUAAUUAUAUCAGGGUAUUAAAUAGCCACAUUAUUAUUGCUAGAGUUAAAAUUCCUCUCAGCGCCAGGAUUUGAACUCAUAUCUUUGGUUUAUCAGACUGUCGGGUAUUGCAAAUUUUCCAAAGGCUUUAGCCUGCUCAGCCACCACACCUCUAGAUAUGAACUUUUGAACUAGUAUAUAUAUAUAUAUAUAUAUAUAUAUAUAUAUAUAUAUAUAUAUAUAUAUAUAUAAACAUUUAAAAAAAAAACUGAAGGUGGUAUAUCUGACAUAGUAGCUACUUGAAAUAAAGUCUUCCCUUCUCCUUGAAUAUAACCACCUGGGUAGAUCCGAGAGGGUAGGGGCUAUAAUCCCUGAGCCUUGGUCAACCAAGGGUUUCAUUUUUUAUCUUUUUAAUUGAUUUUACAAAUAAAACAUUACAUAUAUCAUAUGACAAUUACGUAAUAUCUUUACAUAAUAUUUUUGUUUUAUACAUUCUAGUAUUUGAUAGGUGCCUGAGAAAAUUUGUCACUUGAUCUCUCUUAAUGCCACACAAAUUGUCGUCCUAUAAAGUAAAAACAAUAUGCAAUGUCUGUGAACUGCAAUAUUCACUGUUAUUCGGUCUUAAAAUUGCUUUCUGAACAAAUCUGCUAAACAAUUAGUCCCACCAGGUAUAAGUUAAGAUUGUUUAAUGACAAAAUAUGUGGUAAACUAGAACUAGAGGGUGCACAAACCCCAGUAAAAUGAGAUACUUUCAUACUCUCAAGUCUGAGGGUACUUUCCUGGAAAAUUGUUUAGUAUAUAUCGUUAAAAAAAUAUUCUAAACAAUUUUUGUGAUGAAAUUAAAUCAAAUAUACCAACAUGAAAACUUUUAUAUAUAACUAAUUAGUAAGUGGUUGUGCUUGCACCCUCCUCUAUUCUGGGACAGAUUGCACACCUAUUCUUUAUACAUAACAGCUACUUAUCAUGAACCCAUAAAUCUAACAGCAAUCCUUUGUGAUAGAUUGAGAACAGUAAAAUUUUUAUCAACCCUUAGCAAGUUAUGAAGAAAAAUACCGACCAUUAAAUGAAAAAAUUUCAAAAUAUUCAUUACAGAUAUGAAGCUUAUUUAAUUCUAACUCAAUAUAUUUUUUUUUUAUGUUGAGAUCCUCUCUGAGAUAUGCUAAAUCUCAUAAUAUGUCUAAAAAGGUUUCCUUUCAAACCAUCAACCCAAACCAUACAUUUUUUGUUUGAACUCACCACUCACUUUCCUCCACCACGCCAAAAGCAGCCAAUUGCCUGACCUCACGGACAUCAACUUGCAUGAUGUUGGGAAAUGACAAAAUUAGGUUAAAAAACUGAAUGGUGAUAUUAAUACAUAUUGAUUCAUUUGUAAACUGGACUUAAAAACCCCGCUAAUAAUAAUUUGUUUACUAAAACAUUUUUAUAACCCUAAUUUUUUUUAUGUUUAAUAACAAAAGCUUGAAAAGAUAUUUUUCAAAGUAUUUAAAUUAAUUUGAGUUCAAUAAAACAUCUCAGAUUUCUGAGAACCAUACAACUUGGAUGGCAUUACAAUAACACCUCUAAUACUUGAUCAUACAAUCAAGUUAUCAGUACUCCAGGAGCCCAGUAAAAUUAUUUCAUAUUCUUUUAAAUUCAAUGACAAGUAGUUUUUUUUUUUAUUUCCAGUAAGAUUUCAAAAAUUGGAUUUACCAGGGUUUGGCAUAACAGGUAUGACAUAAAAAAUGAUCAACAAGAAUGUACUAAAGACAAAAAUUGUACUUAAAAACUAAACCGUUUGAUAAAUAAAAAUAUAUAUAUAUCUAUUGUCAAUAAAUAAAUUGUUUUGACAGGUUUGAUAGGAUUUCAAAUAAAUACUGCUAUUAAUAAAAAAAAAUUUAUUACUCAGUAUGGUCCCACUCUUUCUUAACUUCUGUUGAAAAUGGUUAAAUGAUGAAUGUUUAUAUCUAGGAUAAAUAUAUACAAUAAUCAUAAUUACAUAAUAUCUAUUUUUUUCUCUUUACAAUGUUUAUCCUCAUGUAAGAUAUAAACAUUAAUCUAUGAGUAUUAUUGAAUUAUUAUAUCCAAAAUAUGCUAAUCUAUAUUACCAAAAAAUUAAAACUCAUAGUUUUUAUCCCUAGCUCUUCAAAUACAGCUUUACUUCAGAAGUAAACUAUUUUCAUAGAUAAAAGGAAAAAAGUUAAUGAAGGGUUUUUUAUAAUAGUAGCACUCCGGUUCCUUAAGGCCUGGCUACAGUGCGAGCUAGCAUCUGAGCUGGCCUUGUCAGUUACAGCGAUGCAGCUACUUGCACCGUGUGACCACAUUUUAUGAGUUAUUUUCAUGUGCGAGGAGGUCAGUAACCACUCGCUUUUCCCAUCCAAGUCAAAACCAGCCACUUGCCUGCGACUCGGACAUCAACUAGCAUGGUAUUGCGAAAUGACAGCAGCUCGUAUGCCUUGGAAGACCAUGCCUUUUCGUUUUGCUGAAAGUGUUUUUGUUUUUCAGUUGUAGUGAUUGUAAAAACAAAAUAAUGGCGGAUAGAUGGAGUGCAGACCACUCUCACUACUGCUUCAUAUUCUCGGGGAUCUUCAUUAUAUAUUUCUUUAAAUAUUGCAUUCAUUGCUUCUUCGCUUCUGUCGUUCUUCUUCUUUUUUCUUGCACUUCAGAUCGAAGUAUCUCAGCACAUAGUAUUUUUGAAAACGCUUUUUUAAUAUUAGGAAAUCAAUUCAAGCACAAAUGAGGCUUGAAUAAUAAAACCUUUACACCAUCUACUCCACAAACAACUUUUAUUCUUCUACACAAACAUCACAACAAUUAACAAAGGACUACUACUGUAGGUAAUCUACCCCAAGCCAACCUUAUUUGUUUACAACAGUGGCAACAUUGCACAAGAACGCUGCACAACAUUUGUGAAGAACUGAUUUGAGUGCACAGGUACAGUAACUGUCUACUUUCUUGCCUGCAGCUGGCACUAGUGUGACCGAGCGAGGCGAGUCGAGCAACUGUCACACGAAGUACACUGGUGCAGUAGCUGUCCACUGUCAGGUCAGCAACUUGUACUGUGUAGCCAGUCCCUUAGAUACCAUAAUAACCAUGAUAGUUGAUACUUAUUGGUCAAGCUUAUAUUGGAAGGCCAUAGUUGCCGAGCCUGUUAGUGUUCAAAGCACAUACGUCCACAAGAAUAUAUAAGGGGCUAUGUCUCAAAAUAUAGAAGGCAAAGUAAGUAAGGCAGUGUUUCAGAAUACUAAGAGCAGAGUCCACUCAAAUAUUCAAAGAGUAUGUCAAUUAGAAAUUUUCUUACACUAUAGUGCCAGUCUGAUAAGGUUCCAUAAAGUAGGAACAUUAAAUAAUUGGAGUCAUCCUCAUGUGGUAAAAAACAAGUCUUCAUCAAAAUACUAUUGAACAGUCAGCAAGAUGUUUCAGCCUGGCAUCCUUGCUUAGUGAAUAUUUCAACUGAUUUCAGAUGGCUAUUUCCUAUAACAUGAACCUAAUCAAUAAAACCAACAUUCUUUUCUUCCUCAAAAUAUCCACUGUUCCGUGAUUAUAAUGCGCUGAAAUCAGGUCAUUCUUACUGAUACAUUCUGUAAUGUUCGAAAAUAUCAAUCAUAACUUCAAUAACCAAACGUUUUGGUGCUAAAACUCAAAUAAUAGAUGCCUACAUAACUCCUUCCAUUGAACAACAUCAAAAUCAAAUCUUAUAAGUUCCUUCAUAACACAAUCCUUCCAGCUACAUAUUUUUCUACCCCUCAGCCUACAUGAAUUAACCCAUUCAAUUAUAAUAAUUAGGAGAAAGUCACCUUAGUCCGCAUUGUAUAGCGAUUAUUCUCUACAUUCUCUAAUAAACUCCUGACUCUGAGCCAAAUAUUGUUUUUGAAAACCUUAAGGUGCUAUUAUUCUCCUAUAAAAGUGCUCACGGAAGUACAAUAAUGUUGGCAAUUCCACUUUCAGAUUUUUAAAGUACAUCCAAAAGGAGUAAUAUUGUACUAGACAAAUAACAAGCAUUUUCGACAUUAAAUCUUGAUUUGUUUCCCUCUUAAAUUAUCUUCAUUUUGAAAAUUGAUUUGAAACAAAAUGAAACUGAUGAAAAUUGGAAAUGGAUGUGAGAAGCGAUGCUCCAUGAAAAAUGGUUCCACACUUAAUUCAUAUCCACUUAAUAUCCCUAGAUAACAUAGCAGAGUAAGAUAACAGGUGAAGGUAAUCUGAAGAUUGCUACGGCAACAAACAGAGAAGAGAAGUACUACUUUAGGCAUACCUCAAAAAUAGUUUACCAGCAUCAAAUAAUAAAUAUUCAAUAAAUUAAGAUAAUAACUAAAAACUUAAGUGCCAUAUUUUCCUCAAAGGCAUAGGAAUAUAUACAAAAAUUUGGUCAAAACUAAUAUGAUAAGGUACAGUUCAUAUCACACAUUGAUGCAAUUAACUGCUAAUAAUUAAUGAUCAAAUCAUUAAACAUGAAAUAAUUUGACCAGAUAAAGUAUUAAUUGAUGCUCAUAAAUAAAUUAAAAUUUUGCACAUAUUAAUUUCUUUGAAGAAAUAUUUUGGUUCUGAUCACAUUAUUCAGAAAAAUAUCUUUAAAGUAAUAGCUUCCAAAUAACAUUUUUUAUAUACUCAAAUAAUAGUGAUGAAUUCUUUGACAGCUGAAAAUAUGAGGUCCAACACUGAAAAAUUGUGACAUCAAAUUUAGAUUCCUAAGAAAUCUUCAAACUGAAUUUGAAAUAAUUCAACAGUUAUACAUGAUUUUUGACAAGGAUGUCAAAUUUGAAAAAAAAAAAUGCCUCGUGUAUUUAUAUAUAAAUAUAAGGAGUCAAUAUGACAACAUUCAUAUAAAAUUGAAUUAUAUACAAAAUAAAAAGCUAACAGUCUUGAUUUAUUAUGAGCUAAAUAACAUAAACAGUUAUCAAAUAUUUACAAUACAACACACAUUAGUGUCAAAUUUAAAACAAAUACAUUCGAACAGCAAAUAAGUUUUGUCAGUUGAGUUUAACUGUUGCUAGGAAUCACUAAAUGGUAUCAACUCAUGCACUUUUUUUGUAUUUUUUGAAUAACUGAACAUAAUUAAAAUAAAUACAAAAAUAUAUAAAAUGGAUAGAAGAAUAACAACAUAUAAGUAAUGGAAAAAGAUCAGGAUAACGUUCCGGAGGUUUCAGAAGUACUGCUGAUAAUAACACAACUACCCAUGAAAACAUUGAAAAAGUAAAUAAAUACUCACAUUUGUGGUAUGUUGGUCUCUUCUUGAAAUAAUUUUCAAUCUCAGGAAUGUUGUAAAACAUAGUCAAAGACAUAGCAAAUAUAGUAGAAAGGCUACAGAAUGGGAUAAACAGUCCGUCUUUUAACAACAAAGGAAACAUACUAAAUGAAGAAACAAUUAGAAACCAAUAACAGUGCAACGACUCUGCUCUGAAAAUUAACAUCACUGGUAAAGCAACUAUCAAUAUAGUCUUUUCAUGAACUUGAUAUGAAAACAAGAAAAAUGCAAGAGAAGAGUUUAUAAGUGUUAGCAUAAAUUUAUGCUUUGUAGGUCUAAAAAAAAGGUUAAUACAAGAUGGCAGUGAAGCAGCAAGAGUUAAUAACCCACAAAUCACAGCUAAUAUUGUGUUAUUCAGGUACAAACGAAAUUUAACAAACACAUUAAGCAAACACCAAAAAUUUGAAACUUUGUCUUCAAAAACCCCCCUAUUUAUUGGAAAAACUCUAUUAAUUACUUGAAAAAGCUGUUCCAAGUUUCUGGAUACAGGCAACCAACAUAUAACAAAUGUUAUAGUUACUGUAAGUGCUACCUGAAUGAAUUUCUUUAAACCUUCUCUGAAAGUAGUUGAUUUAGCUUUUUGUCGACAAAGUCCCAAGUAAUAGAAAAAAAAAGGAAGACUAAAGUAAAGUAACAUUUGUUUAUAUGACACAGCAAGGCAAUAGAAUAUGCAAGCUAAAACAUCAUAUCCAGAUCCAAGAGCUAUUAUUGAAUAAAGGGUGAGUCCUAAAGAGACACAGUUAUAUUGAAAAUGUCCAUAGUCAAUCAAAAUGAGACCAGGAUACGCUAGUAACACAUACGUUUCCAACAUCAUAGUAAAUUUACUUUUGUUAGAAGAUUUAUUAUUAACAUAAGAAAACAGACCUGCAGCUGACAGGUAUGUAAGAAGAUCAGAGUAAAGGACUGUAUAACGCAUAAAAAGUUUAUGACCAUAUGAUUCAAAACCCCUAGACUCAUUCAAGGCAAUGUACUGUGGGUUUAUAUGGUUAGCAACAGCUCCCAUUAUAAAGCUGUGAUAGGCUGUAAGAGGAGGAUAGUCGAGACCCCAAUAAAGAAGAUCAUUGUUCUCUGACUGAAAGUACCAUUCAGAGGGGGUGAGAUGGUAAGUUAUUUCCAUCCAGUGCCUAUGUGCCUCAUAAUCUCCAUACAUCGGAGGCUGGCCUUUGCCUGAGUAAUCAAACAGUCCAGUGCUCCAUCUCAGAAAUAUACUGGAUAGAAUUCCUAUAAUGAUAUUGUUCAUUCCACAGGAAGGUAAUUCAUACCUGAAACAUUAACAA